CAUUCAAGACUACCUUCCCGAUUUUGACCAAAAAAAAAAUCUGGACACAAAUGAAAAGGGAUGCUAACAACCGUCGCUUGCCUAACUGAUUGUAUUAUCGGGGCGUUUGUAAUGCUUACAUUGCUUUGUAAUUUGUUGUUGUAGCUAGCUUGGCAAUUCUGUGUCGACCACAGUGCGCCGAAGCCUGGAGUUUUUAUGUAUUUCUUUCUUUCUUUCUUUCUUUCUUUCUUUCUUUCUUUCUUUCUUUCUUUCUUUAUUGCCUGUGUGUGAUGCAACAAAAAAAAGAGAGAGAGGGAAAGGUUUUAAAAUGAAUAUAUUGGUCAUGACAGCAGCUUACAAUACACUCACUCAUUGUAGGAAAUCAACGUGUUUUGCUCUGCAGGAUCAGCUGGACUCAUUUUGCUGGCUAAACAAAUCAAUUUAUGAAACGACAAACAUGGAUAUAAAGAGAUGAAGAGAUGGCUGUUGUUGCUGCUGCUGGGAGCCAGUAUGUGGCAGUGCCUGCUAGUGUCCACCAGAGGGCAGACCAGCACCAAAUCCCAUGUAUUCUAUGCAGUGGAAAUGGAGGGAGACAGCCGUGCAGCAAGAGCCUUGGCCAAACAGCACGGACUGCAGUUCAUUUCAAAGAUAGGAAACAUGGAAGGCCAUUACACAUUUAAGGACACCGUGGCUACAAGAAGCAGACAGAUGGUAGAAAAUAGACUUUCUAUGGUGCCAGAGGUUAAGUGGGUGAAACACCAGAGAGCCCAUUACAGAGACAAGCGAGCAACAAUCUCAAGGCCAGAUGACAGGACUCGUCAUGAGCUGGUUCAGAGGCAGGAUGUGAUCCCCAGAGAGAUCUACAAUGUCAUUAACUCUGAAGAAGGACUCAAGGACCCAUUGCUGUUUAAUGAUCCAUACUGGCCCAUGCAGUGGGAGCUGUACAAUCAAGGACAAUUUGGAAGCCCUAAAAGAUUUGACCUCAACAUCAUGCCUGUCUGGAAGAGAAAUAUCACAGGGAAAGGAGUUGUGGUCACCAUAAUCGAUGAUGGGGUGGAUCAUACCAACACAGACCUGGAGACAAAUUUUGAAUACUAUGCCAGCUUUGAUCUGCGUGGUUCGCACGGCUUGUCCCAUGAUCCUAUGCCACCAAAUAAUCAAAGGAAUGGACAUGGAACCAGGUGUGCUGGUGAAAUUGCAAUGGAAGCAAACAAUUCGUUUUGUGGUGUGGGUAUUGCCUUCCACUCCAAAAUUGGUGGAAUCCGCUUGUUGGACGGCGCUGUGACUGAUUCAAUGGAAGCUACAUCUCUCACUUACAACAAUCACUUCAUUGAUAUUUACACCUGCUGCUGGGGACCUAAGGACAAUGGAAAGAAGAUGGCUGGCCCUGGAAAACUCACUGCCAAAGCACUACGAAUGGGCUCAGAGAAGGGUCGGAAGGGAAAAGGCAGCAUCUUUGUCUGGGCUUCUGGCAAUGGAGGGAUGAUGAAUGAUCACUGUGGAGCAGAUGGUUAUGUCAAUAGUAUCUAUACUAUUGCUAUUGGAGCCAUUACCCAUUAUGGUCUCCCGGCCUUCUUUGGGGAGCCCUGCCCAGCAGUCAUGGCUGUCACGCUCACUGGAGCUAUCUAUGGAGGUGGAGAAGGUCUUCCCUUAGUGACUACUACUAAUGUAGAUGAGGGCUGUGUUACACACUUCACAGGGACAUCCAGUGCGGCGCCCAUGGCCUCCGGGAUUCUUGCCCUAGUUUUGGAAGCAAACCCAGAACUAACCUGGAGAGAUGUACAGCACCUCAUCGCCAAAACAGCCAAGAUCCCCAAUCCAAUGGAGCCAGGCUGGUGGAUCAAUGGAGGUGGCUAUCACAUCCAUGACAGAUAUGGAUUUGGCCUACUAGAUGCUGGUCUGCUGGUACAGCAGGCUGUUGGGUGGAAAACUGUAAGACCGCAAAGAAUCUGUUCAGAGGAAGUGAUUCUUAACCCUGUAAGAAUCCUUUCUCCCGGUGGAAGUGUGGAGGUAUACAUCCAUACAGAAGCAUGUAGGGGGGGGGAAAAUGCAAUCAAUGUUUUGGAACACGUUCAGCCUGUUGUUAGCAUUACCAGCGUCUGCAGAGGUGACCUCAGCAUUGACCUGCUCUCUCCCUUUGGAACAAAGUCACGGCUUCUCGAGACUCGCCACAAUGACUAUUCUGGGGCCGGCCUGAAGAACUGGACCUUGAUGUCAGUCCAUUCCUGGGGGGAAGACCCUCGAGGCACAUGGAGCAUGAAGGUGACAGACAAUGCAAACACGGUCUUCAAAUGCUUUCGAAGUGACUUUGAACAGGCUGCCGGGACAGUUCUUAGGGUUAAAAUGAUAUUUUAUGGAACCUUCGAUCCCAAAAAGAAAUCCCACGAUAAUCAGCACAGGAGCCUGGUUUCCAUGGGCGAAAGGUAUGCAAUUAAUGUGGACAGCAAAGAGCUGAAAAGUGACGUGUCACAGAAAGCGAUCAUUCAGGAAGAAUUUGAAAUUGAGAAUUCCAAUAAGAUUAAUGCUAAUGAUAUACCAUCUCUGCACAAGAAAAGGAAUGUAAAGACUCAAAAUUAUUCUAAAUGGGUCAAAUCUUUUAGACCCAAGGAAAUGGAUGACACAGAUGGCUCUAACUUUGCACCCCACCUGAAACUGUUGUGGAACACUCUGAGGGAUAACAUCGUCACCAACUGGGCUCAGUAUAAAUUAAAGACGAGAGAACACUCUCCUCAGUUAAAACAAAUCAACAGUGCGUUGGAAAGGUUUGUGAAGAAAGAGCUCCAGCUGCCUGCUGGGCCGGAUGGCCCCCCGCUCUCCUUCAACAUCAGGGAGAACCUGGGGGACGUGGUGCGGACCGAGCCAGCCAGUCGAGAGGAGCUCAUCAGGGCUCUCAGCACAGACCUCCGGAAGAUGCACAUGGUCAGAGAAAUGAGCAAAGCUUACAAGAAGCUGCUGGAGAACGGGAAGGAGUAGUGAGAUGACAGUGGCUCAAGGAACACUUAAAAGGGAUGUCCAUUGUUGUUCCUCGUGGUUUAGUGAUUAAAAUAAACAAUAAAUCAAGAAUCGUACCACAAUGCAUUUUUUUGUCUUUAACUUUCUGUGGUUGAAAUGAAAUUUGAUCAGAGGCCAUUGCUUGGUGCAGCUAAGCUUCCAUAAUUUACAAGGUGUUAUGAAGUU